UCCUAGCUAUAGCUGAACGAAGCCAUGUGAGGAUCUGUAAAAUGGCGGCGCAGUGGCGUGGAAAAGAUGCGCUUAUAAUCACCGGCAACACGGACUUUCUGACCGCAAACACAUUCAAUGAGGCUGUCCUGGGUAAAGGGGAAGUCAGUGAUCUGGAAAUGGACACUCACUCCUGCCUGGACCCUUCCAUCCUGGCUAUGUUUGAAGAUUCCGCCGUAGCUGCAGAGACUAGGAGCAGACUAGAUGAGGAGAGUGAGUCCACGUUGUUGACUGCUCUAACGGAGAUCCUGGACAGUGUUGACGAUGAGACCCUGUCUCCCUUUGACACCCUGCCUGACACUGGGCUCUUCUCUGACCAGAGGCUACGGGACAACUCCCCGUUGAGGCGGCUGCUGAGUUUAACAGGGUCUCCACCUGAAAAAGAAGCACUCUUUCGUUCCAUAAAGACCCCCUCUUCAUCUUCAUCCCCCUCUUCCUCUGUUGGAAAGGUUGAGACAGUCAUUCCAGACAGACCCUGGAGGGCUGGGCUGACUCCGAGAGCCCAGGGCUCUUCCACAUCCACACAGAGGAGCGAUGGAGAGGAGGAGGAGGGCGGCAAGGUCCACAUUCACAGCCCGCCUCACGGCUUCAAUCAGGACUCUGCAUUUGAAGGAGAACUCUCCCUCGACCGAUCACAAGUGAGAGCGCUGAACUCUGUAGAGAAGGACCAUGGCUACUCCUGUACAGUGUCCCUGGUGGACCUGGUGAAACUCAUGCACCCCUACUGCCUGAGGGUGUGCCUGGAUGAGGAGGGGAAGGACUGGGUCAGCACAUCCAGGCAGGAGGCCUCCUCCCUGGGGGAACGGAGCGCGGACCAGAGUGUACCCCUGGAGGGCGAGGUGUGGAGGUAUACGAAGCCUGGUUCGGAAGAGAGCGACGAGGAAAUUGAUGUGGACGGAUCAGAUGACGAGUGUCCCUCGGUAGGAGGGAUGAAGGAUGAGAAAGAGGGGGAUGGAGAACAGGGAAGUAAAGGUGAAGAAGUGAAGCAACUAAAAAGUCUACUUGUGAAGUGGGACGGGCCCACAGAAGGCCAGAAGACCAAGAACAAAAAAAGAGUGAGCUUCGGACCUGUCCUGGUGACAUCCUACGAGCUACCAGCAGCAGACGAACCUGACUUAAACGUGCUCCCGGACUUGAGCGAGCUCACCAGCCAAAUCCCCAUUUUUGACACCAAAACAACGACCAUUUCCCUCACCACAUCCUCUCCGGAGUCUUCAGCAGCAUCUUCAAAGGACAGCCAGCAUCAGGUUGUAACUGACUUGUCUGAAAGGACCAGAGAAAUGUCGUCGUCGGAGCCUCCACCACAGCGAGGCGAGUCCAAGCCCAGACCGGCACUCAGUCUCCAGCAGUACCGCCUGCUGCGUCAGCAAAGACUACCCCUGGUGGGGAAACCUGAGAAUUACACCACCAAAUGGCCCUCUCUACCUGAAACCCCCACGGAGUUGCCUCCUAUACCCUAUUUACAAGGACCUAAAUAUAACAUGUGGGGACCAACGACACCACAUCAUUACAUAGGAAGUAAAACAGGGGGUGAUGUCAGUGAAUUCAAGCCUAUAGCUAAGACCAGGACGAAGAUGGUCUCUCCUGCUUGUCCCAGUAAACCUGGUAAAGGUAUUGGCAUCAAUGGAUCAAAGCCUGUAAGAAGUGGGACUAAGACUCCUCCUACCAGCUCAGCUUUAAAGCCCAAACACAACUCAAAGGAAGCUAAAUCUGCGAAUGAUGUUGGUGUAUUAAAGCCUAUUUGGACUGAGACCAUCUCUCCUGCUAGUCCCUUACCAAGUCCCAACCUGAACUCCAACUCAGUGGCGGGUCUGGGCCAGAACAGGACGAGCCCAGAAAAGAGUGCUGUUGCGGUCAGUAGCGACCCCCCAAACCCUGUCCUGGUCCCACUACCAGGAACCCGUCCAUCUUUGGAUAGAUUUGAUAGGAGCCGUGGGACCAACCAGGAGAAGCAGGAACAAUCUCUACCUCCGUCCACCACCCAGGAGUCUUCGGCGCCCAAGCCCAAAAUGGUGUUCUACAACCGGGAUCCAAGCCUGAAGAGCAACAGUCUCCUCCUUGAGAUCCAGCGGAGGUUCUCCACCAAACAACCAUCGCGGAAACCACUUCACACCCAAAACACUGCAGAGACCACGAAACAAGGGGAUCAGCCUCGCUCUCUCAGCCCGAGGAAAGGAAUCGAGACAGUACCAGAAGGGUCCAAGUUUUCCCCAAGUGCACCAGUAAUGGCAAGUCCAUCGUCCAGCCCCUCAGUCCAUCCACCCACCCAUGCUGUUGCUCCUUACCCAGAGAUGGAGAGGGCAAAGCGGGUAUCCAUUGGUAACCUUCCCCAUGUCCGACUGUCCACCUCUCCAGAGAGUAACACCUGCAUACAGACCCCCACCUGCGGCACAGGAAUCCAAGCCACAGAUCUGACCAGCCUUCUGGAGCGGUUUGAGGAAACACAAGCCAAAGAGGAGACUGAGAGUGAACCUGAAGCCAGUCCAGAUAGGAGCCCUGUUAGAGAUGAAGAGCCGAGCAACAACACUGAAGGGAUGCUGACACUGCUGGGUGCCUAUCUCCUCAGCACCCAAGAUAAACUCUGUCUUCCAGCACCCACUGGCUUUCCAGAACUUGUCAACACACUUGAACCCCUCAGAACUCCGGAGCCCCUCAGAACUCCGGAGCCCCUCAGAACUCCGGAGCCCCUCAGAACUCUGGAACGUUGCGAUACUCAGGAACCUCUCAGCACCCAGAAUGUUCUCAGCACUCAGGAACAGGCCCCUGCACAGCCGCGCUGGAAACCUCUUACCCCUGUCGCACCUCAGAGGAAGCAACCGGCGACCCCCAAACCUCUCCCUCCCAAGGCCAUCCAAAUCAUCGACCCCCAUCCUCUACCACCCAAAAAGGCCCACCCCCUCCCCCCAAAGCCCCCUGUCACCCCCCCUGAGUUCCAGACACCAGUAUCUGUCUCCUCGGACCACGGCUACUGUCUAUCUCAGGAUCAACCAGGGGGUAAUACUACUAUGUUAUGCAGCAAAAGACAAACCAUACUCCCCGACCACCAACCAAUUCCCAACCCCCCCUCAGUGCCCGGCACACAGAACUCUGGGAAAUAUUUGCGGCAGCAGCAGCCAGUGGACUCCAGGACUGUUCCAGAGACACAACUUCCCUCAGACUCUGCCCCGCCAUCUACAGAGAGCUCCCCCUCUAGGACGGAUGCCAUUACUGCAGGGGAGGCACAGGAAGAGAGAACCAGCCCCUGCAUCCCCUCCCCUCCUUCACCCAGUCCCCCUGCCAGAGGUAGGAGGUCGUCCCGGCGCUAUCGGACAAGGUCUUCAUGCUCGGACUCUAGCUCUAGGUCCCCUUCUUCAUCGUCAUCUUCCUCAUCCUCCUCCUCUCGAUCCAGGUCUCGCUCUCCACCCCGAAAGAGGUUCUGUCCCAGGCGUUCUGAAAGCAGCUCUUCCUCCUCGUCCUCUUGCUCCAGCUCCGUCUCCCGUUCCCCGGUUCCCUGCCGGUACCGGCUCCCCUACCCACAGUCCUGGAACCGCUCUCGGUCCACAUCAAAGUCCUGGACUCAGUCUGGUUCCAGAUCUAGGUCCAGAUCCCCCACCACACUGGCCUACAGCAGGACCCAGAGGUGCUACAGCUCCAACAACAUCAGGGACUCCAGGAAACGAAAGAGACAACAAGAUAUGAGGAAUCAAAAACUAAAAGCCAUAGACGAGCGCAGGGUGGUGUACGUGGGCCGCAUCCAGAGGACCAUGAUGCACUCGGAGCUGAGAGAACGCUUCUCUCUGUUUGGAGAGGUGGAGGAAUGCACCCUGCACUUUAGAGACAGGGGCGACCACUACGGCUUUGUGACGUUCUACAACAUGAAAGAUGCGUUCGCAGCCAUCGAGAACGGUUACAAGCUGAGGAGACCUGACGAGCUGCCCUUUGACCUCUGCUUCGGGGGCAGGCGUCAGUUCUGCAAAUCUACGUACGCCGACCUAGAUUCUAAUCGGGAAGAGGAGGACCCCACUCCAGUGAAAAAUGAAGAGGAGGAGCUGGACUUUGACACUCUAUUGAAGCAGGCACAGAAAGGCUUGACGCGGUAGCAGAGUCCUGGAGGAAGAGAGGGAGCCAAGAAAGGAAUGAUGGAGAGAAGGUCCCAAAUGUCACCCUAUUCCCUAUAGAGGGUACUAACCUUAGGGUUCUGGUCCCAAAGCAGUGCCCUCUAUAGAAGGGAACGGGGUGUUCUUUGGGACUGAGCCAACAAGUUAGCAAGACUUACCUCAGAGCUACACACAUGCACAUACUUUAACAUUGUAGAAAUGUUGUUUUAACUUGUAUUGGUUCACUGUUAUCAACUCAUUUUAUAACUUUGUUGAUGCAGUAAAAAGAUUUUUAAAGGAAAAAGAAUCAUAGGAAAAUGAUUAGAAUAUAACGUUGUUUUUUUGUAUUAUUUUUAAUUUUUUAAGAAGGCUCUUUAAAUAUCUUUGUUGCACUAAUAUUGCACUUGCAAGCUUUGCUUUACUCUUGUCUGUUACAAUGUUUAAAAAGUUGAGAUUCCCUUAAGUCAUUUUAUUCCCAAUUAUGAACAUGUUCUUUAUGAAUGAAUAAAGACUAUUAUUGUGUCAUCCUGAA